AUGGCAUCGUCAUAUAUCUCAAAGAUACAGAAAAUGGAGUCAUCGCUUAUAGUGAAAACUCCAAUUGGAUUUCCGGUUACUGCUAAGAAAUCUUCAUUCCCAAGUAAAUUUAAUAUUUUCUACCGUGACUGUAAAUCAUGCCAUGGUGAAGAAAAGCAGUGCGUGGUGCCGCUAAGAUUACGAAGGCCGCCGCCGCAACAGCUGUUCACAACGAUAGUCAAUAAACAUGUUGGGAGCAUUGUUGUUAAAAACAGUAAUGUUUCUUCGGAAAAUGUUGUCCCAGAAUAUGACAGUCAUCCAUCCAACAACAUAUGGGAGUCAUUUCAAAGGAACUUAGAUGUUUUCUGCAGAUUUGCACGCAUGCAUGUGAUGUUAGGAAGGGUACUGUGUGUAAUUUCAAUAUUUUUACUUGCCGUUGAGAAGAUGUCAGAUAUUUCUCCAUUAUUUCUUACCCACAUGAUAUUGGUCUCUGUUGCUGCAGCCUUUAUGAAUAUAUUCAUAAGUGGUGUUAAUCAUUUGUGUGAUAUUGAAAUAGAUAAGGUGAAUAAACCACAACAUCCAAUAGCGUCAGGCGAAUAUUCAGUGAAAACUGGUGUAGUCAUGGUUGUAUCUGCAGCACUUAUGGGUCUUUCAAUUCCGAUGUUUUUGGGUUCUUGGCAAUUGUUUUGGGGUCAUAUCAUUGGGUGCCUCAUAUUUGGGAUUGGUUACUCAGUCGAUCUACCACUCUUGAGAUGGAAGAGAACCUCUUUGUCCACUGCAAUCAGCAUGGCUAUGAACAAAUGCACCACCCAAAUUGCAUUCUAUAUGCACGUGCAGACCCAUGUGUUCGGAAGGCCGGUUGUCUUUUCAAAAUCUAUAAUAUUUACAGUGGCUAUGAUAACUUUCUUCUACAUUGUAUUUGCAAUGUUUAAGGACACAUCUGAUGUUGCUGGUGACAAGCUGGAUGGCAUUCAAUCAUUAGCUAUCCUUUGGGGUGAGAAGAGGGUUUUUAUGAUUUGUGUUUCACUCCUCGAAAUGUCAUACCUUGCCGCAAUGUUGGUCGGAGCAACACUUUCUAACCCUUGGAGUAAAUAUUUGACGGUCACUAGUCAUGCUGCAAUGGCUUUGAUACUUUGGAAUGGUGUACGAUCUUUUGACUAUAGUGGUCCAGCAGCGUACAAAUCCUUCUACUUGUUCUUGUGGAAGAGAAUUGAGAGCAAUUGUCUAAGUGUUGUAGAGAGGAGUUCAGAGAAAAGAGGAAAAACACCUUUCAAGUAA